AGAAUUGCCGAUCUACUUUCUAGGUUCCUGACUCUACUUCGUCACGCAUCGUUCUCCAAGGCCGUUGAUCUCCAGUGCUCAUUUUUUUGGAAGUCCCUGCUUAUCAGACGGCUGACUGCUUUCAGCUAAGCCUCGGCAAUCAUGGUUUGCGUAUUCUGUCUUCUCCCUCUCUUCCUGCUACCUCUAGUCAACAUCCUCCCGCGUUUGUGGGACAAACUACUGGUGCUCGUCUUCCGUCUGAUUGGCCGAGAGUACAAACCCGCGCUUCGAGACGGACCCUCGUGCCCUUACAAACCAGGAGCAAACAAGCCACAACCAGAGGCUGAGCCAGUUCUGGCAAAUGGUGGCGGGAGUUCAGUGAAUGGCUCUGUUGAGUCCAAGAAAGACUCAUAAUGUACGAACGAGACUGAUGCUGGUGGCUUUCUAUUCGCGUUCUGUGUAUAAAUGGUGCCAUUCUUUCUCAUAAUGUGAAUAGCUGCUGGUGCUGCUGAGGCAUGGCUGAUAAGUUGAUAAGUUAAUAGCUUGCUCUUGUUUAGUAACUGAACAUCAGUCACACU